CAAACGCAACCAGCGCUCGCGACGACGAUCCCCUGGGAAAUGCUCGGGCCAGUGAUUCUACCAGUUUGAUCCCCUCCUCCGUCUCGCGACCCCGGCGGUGCUGCUGCCGCUGCAUCCCAUCGCGGGCUUGAUGUUGCCGAUCUCCAUCUGAUUCUUCCGUCGCAAUGGCGUCCAAAAGCCGCUUUGUCGUGGGCUCUCAUGUCUGGGUUGAGGACCCAGACGAGGCCUGGAUGGAUGGCUUAGUGGAAGAGAUCAAUGGGGAUGAACUUGUCAUAAACUGCACCUCUGGAAAGAAGGUGACUGCUAAUGUUUCAAGUGCCUAUCCCAAGGAUACAGAGUCUCCACGCGGUGGUGUGGAGGAUAUGACAAGGCUAGCAUAUUUACAUGAACCAGGAGUGCUUCAGAACCUGAAGUCUAGAUAUGGACUAAAUGAAAUAUACACUUAUACUGGGAAUAUCUUGAUAGCUGUUAAUCCAUUUCAAAGACUUCCUCAUCUAUACAACAACCAUAUGAUGGGAAUUUACAAAGGAGCAGAAUUUGGUGAGCUGAGCCCCCAUCCAUUUGCUAUCGCUGACCGUUCAUAUAGACUUAUGAUCAAUGAUCGUAUAAGCCAAGCAAUAUUGGUGAGCGGAGAGAGUGGAGCUGGCAAGACUGAAAGCACUAAAAUGCUUAUGCAAUAUCUUGCUUUUAUGGGUGGUAAAGCUCAAGCUGAAGGAAGGUCAGUGCAACAGCAGAUCCUGGAGUCUAACCCAGUUCUUGAGGCAUUUGGCAAUGCAAAAACUGUCAGGAACAAUAAUUCAAGUCGUUUUGGAAAAUUUGUUGAGAUUCAGUUUGAUGAGAACGGAAAGAUAUCAGGAGCUGCUAUAAGAACCUAUCUUCUAGAAAGAUCACGUGUGUGUCAAAUAUCUGAUCCAGAAAGAAACUACCACUGCUUUUACAUGCUAUGUGCUGCACCACCAGAAGAUUGCAAGAAAUAUAAAUUGGGAGAUGCCAAAUCAUUUCACUAUCUAAACCAGUCUAAUUGUAUUGCGCUUGAUGGGAUGGAUGACUCCAAAGAAUACAUGGAAACCCGACGAGCUAUGGGUAUUGUGGGUAUCAGUUCUGAUGAACAGGAUGCAAUAUUUAGAGUUGUGGCCGCUAUUCUUCAUUUGGGCAACGUGGAAUUUGCAGAAGGAAGUGAAGCAGAUUCUUCAGUACCCAAAGAUGAGAAAUCCCAAUUCCAUCUUAAGACAGCAGCUGAGCUCUUCAUGUGCGAUGAAAAAGGUCUUGAGGAAUCUUUGUGUAAGCGUGUUAUGGCAACACGUGGGGAGAGUAUUACUAAAAAUUUGGACCCACGAGCUGCAGCUCUGAGUAGAGAUGCAUUGGCUAGGAUAGUUUACUCACGUUUGUUUGAUUGGCUUGUAAAUAAAAUCAAUAGUUCAAUUGGUCAAGAUCCUGAUUCAAAGAUUUUGAUUGGUGUCCUGGACAUUUAUGGUUUCGAGAGUUUCUUGACAAACAGCUUUGAGCAAUUUUGUAUCAAUCUGACUAAUGAGAAGCUCCAACAACACUUUAAUCAGCAUGUUUUUAAGAUGGAGCAGGAAGAAUACACGAAAGAAGAAAUUGACUGGAGUUACAUCCAGUUUGUGGAUAACCAAGAAAUUCUAGAUCUAAUUGAGAAGAAACCUGGGGGAAUAAUUGCGCUUUUGGAUGAGACAUGCAUGCUGCGAAAUUCAACCCACGAGACAUUUGCUGAGAAGCUAUACCAAAAAUUUAAAGACAACCCUCACUUCAGUAAACCAAAAUUUUCACGGUCCGACUUCACUAUUCACCACUAUGCUGGCAAUGUCACUUAUCAAACGGACCAUUUUUUAGAUAAAAACAUCGAUUAUGCUGUGAAUGAACAUCAAGUCUUGUUAAAUGCCUCAAAAUGUUCAUUUGUUUCAAGUCUUUUUCCACCCUGUGAAGAAUCAACAAAAUCAACAAAGUUUACUUCAAUCGGCUCAAGUUUCAAGCAACAAUUACAGUCUCUGCUAGAAACUCUGAGUGCAACAGAACCACACUAUAUCCGGUGCGUAAAACCAAACAAUGUUCUCAAGCCAGCAAUAUUUGAGAACAUUAAUGUUCUCCAGCAGCUUCGUUGUGGGGGAGUUUUAGAGGCAAUAAGGAUAAGCUGUUUGGGAUACCCAACUAGGAGAACAUUUUAUGAAUUUGUUAAUCGAUUUGGUAUUCUGCAACCCAAAGUUCUGGGUCGAAGCCACAAUGAAAUUACUGCUGCGAAGAUGCUUCUUGACAAAGCCAAUCUUACAGGCUAUCAGAUAGGAAAAACAAAAGUAUUUCUUCGUGCUGGUCAAAUGGCAGAGUUAGAUGCUUUAAGAACUGAAGUUUUGGGACAUUCAGCUAAAAAAAUACAAAGCAAAGUUCGGUCAUUUCUGGCUCGGAAAAAAUACAUCCAGCUUCAACUAUGUGCUACACAACUCCAGGCAGUAUGUAGGGGAACAAUUGCAAGAAGGUGUUAUGAAAACCUUCGUAAGGAAGCAGCUUCAUUGAAAAUUCAGACCUGCUACCGUAUGCACCAUUCAAGGAAAUACUAUGUAGAUAUCUAUUCUGCAUCAACUACAAUCCAGUCCGGUCUACGUGGUAUGGCUGCUCGCAUCAUACUCCACUAUAAGCGGCAAACAAAAGCUGCAGUCAUUAUUCAGAGUCGUUGUCGCUGUUAUUUAGCACGCUCACAAUAUGUUAGAAUGAUGAAGGCCACAAUCACGGCUCAGUGUGGUUGGAGAAGAAGAGUGGCCAGAAGGGAACUCCGAAACCUCAAAAUGGCUGCAAAAGAAACUGGUGCUCUACAGGCUGCCAAAAGCAAACUAGAGAAGGAAGUCGAGGAGCUUACUUGGCGACUGCAGCUGGAGAAACGUAUUAGGGCUGAUAUGGAAGAAGCCAAGACACAAGAAAAUAAAAAGCUCCAAUUACAAUUGCAGGAACUGCAAUUGCAGCUCAAGGAUACAAAGGACCUGUUGAAAAGGGAACAUGAAGCUGCCAAAGAAGCAUCAGAGAAAGCUUCUGCAGUACCAGAGAUCCUUGCUGAUACAGCUCGAGUCGAUGAGCUUACUUCUGAAAACGAGAAGCUCAAGAUAUUGGUGGCCUCUUUUGAGGAAAAACUUCAGAAAACAGAGCAGAAGUUCGAAGAAACAGAGAAAGCUAGGGAAGAAUUACUCAAUAAAGCCACAGAUGCAGAGUCAAAGAUAAAUGAACUGAAGAACACAAUGCAAAGCCUUCAAGAAAAGCUGACUAAUACGGAAGCAGAAAACCAUGUUCUUCGGCAGCAGGCUAUGAAAUCAAGACCUGAUAAUAUGCCUUUGCUUAACAUGCAUCGGAAAUCAAAUUUGGCUAACGGAAGCGUACAAUCUGAUGAACAGGAGAGUGUUGACACACUGAUAAAUUGUGUUGUUGAAAAUAUCGGAUUCAGUGAAGGAAAGCCAGUUGCUGCAAUAACCAUAUACAAAUGCCUUCUUCAUUGGAGAAUUUUUGAGACGGACAAAACAAAUGUUUUUGAUCGAUUGAUUCAGAUUUUUGGUUCUGCGAUGCAGAAACAAGAUAACAAUGCUGAUCUUGCAUACUGGUUGUCAAAUUCAUCAUCUUUAUUGAUUAUACUACAGAAGAGCCUCAAACCUCCUGGCUCAUCUGGAACAACUCCCAUGAAAAGACCACAGACUCAGACAUCAUUCCUUGGAAGGAUGGUAUUUCGUGCUUCAAAUAUUACUGUUGAUAUGGAUCUCGUGCGCCAAGUUGAGGCCAAGUAUCCUGCUCUCCUUUUCAAGCAGCAACUAACAGCUUUUGUGGAAGGCUUAUAUGGAAUGAUCCGAGACAAUGUGAAGAAAGAAAUAUCAUCAGUAGUCUCACUAGUCAUUCAGGCACCAAGAAGUGCAAAAGCGGGUUUGAUUACAGAUCAAGGUAGCUAUUGGCAGAUGAUAGUCAACCAUUUGAAUGACCUCUUGAAAGUUUUGCAAGAAAAUUGUGUACCGACAAUUUUUGCACGGAAGAUCUUUACACAGAUCUUCUCGUUUAUUAACGCUCAACUCUUGAAUAGUCUUCUCGUGCGGCGAGAGUGCUGUUCUUUUAGCAAUGGGGAAUAUGUGAAACAAGGGCUGGAUGAACUCGAGUCAUGGUGCACACAGGCCAAGCCAGAGUAUGCAGGAUCUGCAUGGGAUGAACUUAAGCACAUAUGCCAAGCUGUUGGUUUCUUGGUCAUUUUCAAAAAGUUCAGGAUCUCAUAUGAUGAGAUCAUCAAUGAUCUGUGCCCAGUAUUGAGUGUUCAGCAGAUUUACAAAAUAUGCACGCAGUACUGGGAUGACAAAUACAAUACGGAGAGUGUAUCUGAGGAGGUCCUUGAUGAGAUGAGAAAAGUGGUGAACGAGGGAAGUGGCCAGCAGGGCGCUCCGCCGGACUCUAGUACAUUCUUACUAGAUGAGGAAAUAAGCAUGCCUCUAUCGCUGGAGGAGAUCGCAAGCUCUAUGGACGCCAAGGAAUUUCAGAACGUGAGCCCACCGCAACAACUCCUUGAGAACGCGGCUUUCCAGUUCUUGAGAAGCUGAGAAUGAAGGAAGGCCUCCCUACAAAGCAUACAUACAUAGGUAGUUAACUUUUCUAGAAGGAAAGAAAUUGAAAAGGAAAUGGCCUUAAUUAUUAGGUGGUGUAGAUUAUAUUAUUACAGUAUCAGAUAGUAGGUAGAUGCAUGUAGCCACUAGCUAGCUUUGGAAUCUGCUGGCUUUGUUUCUGAUCUUGCUUGCAUUGCUUCCCUCCUUGUAAUUAUUAGUUGCUUAUUCAUUCUUCAUUAUUCACUUGAUGGUGAUGAUGAUGAUUAGGUGUUGUUGUAGUAGCUGCUUAGCUCGAAAUACUA